ACAGAAUGAAGGAGACCUUGGUUGUUAUAGUUCUACUGGUGUGUUCACUACCCGCAGUUUUAUGCAUCUCCUGUUAUUCAUGUUCCACUUUUGAGGUGGAGCCCGGACUAGACGAGCCAACCAGCCACUUACGGCAAUACGUGAUUGACAACCAGCAUUUUACGUUGAUAUCACAAAGUUUGAGCACGGACUGUGAUGCAAGUGGUGGUAAAAAGUGCGCGGGGGACCGCUGUAUCGCUAGCCAUAUCAAAUUAUCAAGAGAGGCAGAAGGAGAGCUGACCACCCUGGGUACUAUUGAGCUGCACGAGUGUGGUUCUCUGUGGUUAGAGACGGAGCAGAAGUUUUGCAAAUCCGCUGAAACCGGAAUAUCUGAUGACAACUUGAAAGCCGCCAAGUGCUACAUGAGCACGUGUCAGGAAGACCUCUGCAACAUCCCAAAUGCACUUCUCGAGCCCCUGACAUCUCCUACUGAUGAACCUAUACCCCCAGUAGCACCAACCCAAGAACCUAGUAACAGUUACCCUAGUAACAAGACUGCAGCUACGGCUAAACCACCCACUUCUGACACUGACGAGAACGGUAGUGGAGCUGAAAACGGCGGAAGUCAAAAUGAUGAGACUGAAAGUGAUAACAAUGAGAAUUCUAGUCAAAAUGACGGUGUGAUGGAAAAGACUGAUGAAGUUACUGCUAAACCAGUAACUGUAGAAAUUGACCAAGGACAGGAUGGCGGGAACGUUGAAGGUGUGGAAACUGAAAGUGAUAACAAUAAAAAUUCUAGUCAAACUGAAAUUAACGACAGCGGAAAAACUGGGAAUCACACUAUGGAUGUAGAGGAAGGUAGUUCGCAGCAAGAUGAGGACGAGGUUGAUGGAAAAGAGGUUGGAAGUGAAAAUGAAACUGAGCCUCAGAGCGAAAAAGAUCCGUCCAGUCCAGACUCACCAGCAUUUGAAAAAUCAGAAGAUUUGGACAAUACAAAUGAGUCAACCGAAGCUGAAUCUCAGUUGGACGAAGAUAUUGGUAGCGAUGGUGAAAGUGAAAGUGAAAGUGAAAGUGAAAGUGAAAGUGAAAGUGAAAGUGAAAGUGAAAGUGAAAGUGAAGGUGAGGGGAAAGGUGAGAUUGAUAGUACAAAUGAAAGCGAAGUUGGAAAUACCCCUGCAGACAGUGGUUAUUGCAGAAAUGUUUCAGCUGUUAGUGGAUUUUUGAUCACGAUGAUUGUUUUAAUCGUUCAUGGAGAACAUUGAACAGCUAAAAACGUUAUAUUCGAGAAAGAUUGAAAUAUCAAAUUUUGGCAUCGUGACAGUUAAAAUAUUUUACAGAAAAUUUGAGGUUAAAACAAACGAAUUAAUGAUGUAAAUUAUUUGCUUGUUUAAAACAGACUUAAUCCUUAAAAGUAGUUAUUCGCUAUAUAUCGUAAUCGCAAAUUAGAUAAAAUGUGUUCAUUGCUGAGCUGUCAUUAUUUAUAAUCAUUCGUUAUAAAUCAAUAUUGAAAAUUCGUGGAAAAUCUGAUUUGACAAAAGUCAA